CCGGCGCCGCGCCCCCGCGUCCCCGCGCCGACUCCAGGCUCCAGUCGGUCCCGAGCGCGGCGGCGGGACGGCGAGCUGCAGCGGCGGAGCGUGCGAACCCGGGCAGGCGUCGCGCGGGGAGACUAGGAGCCGGAAGACUCGAGCAGCGCGAUGGCCCCCAUUGGCCUCAAAGCGGUGGUGGGAGAAAAGAUCAUGCAUGAUGUGAUAAAGAAGGUAAAGAAGAAGGGGGAGUGGAAGGUGCUGGUGGUCGAUCAGCUGAGCAUGAGGAUGCUGUCCUCCUGCUGUAAGAUGACGGACAUCAUGACCGAGGGCAUCACAAUUGUGGAAGACAUCAACAAGCGCCGAGAGCCGCUCCCCAGCCUGGAGGCCGUGUAUCUCAUCACUCCAUCUGAGAAGUCCGUCCACUCUCUCAUCAGUGACUUUAAGGAUCCCCCGACUGCUAAGUACCGGGCUGCACACGUUUUCUUCACCGACUCUUGUCCAGAUGCGCUGUUUAAUGAGCUGGUAAAAUCUCGAGCAGCCAAAGUCAUCAAAACUCUGACAGAAAUCAACAUUGCAUUUCUCCCAUAUGAAUCCCAGGUGUAUUCCUUGGACUCUGCUGACUCUUUCCAAAGCUUCUACAGUCCUCACAAGGCUCAGAUGAAGAAUCCUAUACUGGAGCGCCUGGCAGAGCAGAUUGCAACUCUGUGCGCCACUCUGAAGGAAUACCCAGCCGUGCGGUAUCGGGGGGAAUACAAGGACAACGCUUUGCUGGCUCAGCUAAUCCAGGACAAGCUUGACGCCUACAAAGCUGAUGACCCGACAAUGGGGGAGGGCCCAGACAAGGCACGCUCCCAGCUCCUGAUUCUGGACCGCGGUUUCGACCCCAGCUCCCCUGUACUUCACGAACUGACCUUUCAGGCUAUGAGUUACGACCUGCUGCCUAUCGAAAAUGAUGUAUACAAGUACGAGACGAGCGGCAUCGGAGAGGCGCGGGUGAAGGAGGUGCUCCUGGACGAGGACGAUGACCUGUGGGUAGCACUGCGUCACAAGCACAUCGCCGAGGUGUCCCAGGAGGUCACCCGUUCUCUGAAAGAUUUUUCUUCUAGCAAGAGAAUGAACACUGGGGAGAAGACCACCAUGCGGGACCUGUCCCAGAUGCUGAAGAAAAUGCCCCAAUACCAGAAAGAGCUCAGCAAGUACUCAACCCACCUGCACCUUGCCGAGGACUGCAUGAAGCAUUACCAAGGCACUGUGGAUAAACUGUGCCGAGUGGAACAGGACCUGGCCAUGGGCACGGAUGCGGAAGGGGAGAAGAUCAAGGACCCCAUGAGGGCCAUCGUCCCCAUUCUGCUGGAUGCAAAUGUCAGCACUUAUGACAAAGUCCGCAUCAUCCUUCUCUACAUCUUUUUGAAGAAUGGCAUCACUGAGGAGAACCUGAACAAACUGAUCCAGCACGCCCAGAUCCCGCCAGAGGACAGCGAGAUCAUCACCAACAUGGCGCACCUGGGGGUGCCCAUCGUCACAGACUCCACAUUGCGUCGCAGGAGCAAGCCGGAACGGAAGGAGCGCAUCAGUGAGCAGACCUACCAGCUGUCCCGGUGGACCCCGAUUAUCAAAGACAUCAUGGAGGACACUAUUGAAGACAAACUUGAUACCAAGCAUUUCCCUUAUAUCUCUACCCGUUCCUCCGCCUCUUUUAGCACCACCGCUGUCAGCGCCCGCUAUGGGCACUGGCAUAAGAAUAAGGCCCCAGGGGAAUACCGCAGUGGCCCCCGCCUCAUUAUCUUCAUCCUUGGGGGCGUGAGCCUGAAUGAGAUGCGCUGUGCUUACGAGGUGACCCAAGCCAGUGGAAAGUGGGAAGUGCUCAUAGGAUCCACGCACAUUCUCACCCCACAGAAACUGCUGGACACGUUGAAGAAACUGAAUAAAACAGAUGAAGAAAUAAGCAGUUAAAAAAAUAAGCUGCCCCUCCAAAAGUGAACCCUCUUCCCACAGUGCUCCACAGCCUCUACCACUGACCACCUUGGUUACUUUGCUGACCCUCCCUCCCUCCAUUGCCUGCCCCAGCCCUGCACGCCCUGGCCAGCACUGUCGCCACUUCAUUCUUGUGUUUAAUGAUGCUCUCUUCUCAUUUGAAACAAGAAAAUAAUGCAUUGUGUUUUUUAAAAAGAGUAUCUUAUAUAUAUAUGUAUCCUAAGAGAAGUCUGUGUGUAAGGACACACUGCCGGAGAAGGUGUCAACUGUUUAGAAUGAAUGAGCACCUUCUCCCCGCUAAUGAUGAUUCCGUGACCUUGUACAUAACCCAGCGUGACAUGCGCACAUGGCUUGAGUAUGAGAAAGUAGAUGCUUGGGUGUUUUUAAAAACCUGUUUUGAAUUGUUCUUUUUUUGUGGGGAAUCACAAGAUGUCUGAUCUUGGAGUAUUUUAAACUGAGGAUUAAUCUGUUUUCCUCACUCUAGUUCCUACCCCUCCGUGCCUGCUCUCAUCUAGAUAAGCUUGGAAGGGAAUAUCAGGUGACAUUUCAUGAGUUUUGAGCUGGAACCGACCUCAGUUGCUUUCCCCAGUGGCUCAUUCCCCCCCCAGCACCCCCCCCUGUACUGAGACUAGGGGUGGGGUGGGUGCUGGCUGCUGUCCAGCCUGUCACUGCCCCCUCCCUGGCCCAUGUCCACUGCCUAAGUCACUGCACUCAGCAAAUGAAGAGCAAGCUCUGCCUGGGUCCUUCAUCACCCUGAGAAGCUGUCUUUGUGACCAGGCACACACACACACACCCCGCCCCCAAGCAGCACCCUACAGAGCUCCUGGGUAGAGCUCCAGAGCCGGGGCUGGGCUCGCCCAGAAUGGGGCCUGCAGGCUCUGCUCACAGGGUGCUUGCCAAUAGUGGAGGAUGACUUCAAGCCCCCUGAGAACAGCCCAUUGGAUCUGUGCAGACUGUUCCUGUUCACAUUGCCCUCAGGUUAAGAUACUUUCUAAUGCUUUAUUUUGUGUGGGGUGGGGUCAUAUGUCAUCGUGCUUGUAAGAAAAAAUGAUCAUUUUAUUCUCUGUAUAAAAACUGAGCUCUAUAAAACUUAGCUCUAAGGCAAAAAUUAAGCAAAUACAGGAAGGAUUGUCUCAUCCUCCUCGACUCAGCAGCUGUCUGUUCUCGGUAGGGAGCGCACUCUUUGUUCUGCUGCUGUGGCGAAAUAUAAUGACAGUGGAAGUCACAAAAAUGUCCCCUGCCCAGUCCCCUGCAGACCGUGUGAAUAUCACCCCCUGGUGUCAUUGCCCGCGUGGUGUGUGCUCGUUGGCGUGGCCCUGCCUUCCUCUCAGAUGCCCCCGCCCCUCCGCUAGAGGCUUUGUGUUCUUCCCAAGGCUCUGAAAUCUCCCUUUUGCACUCAGAUUACUCUCGGGGCUCUUCUAUCUUCUCCCUCGUCCCCCUCGAGAGACCCGACCCUGAGGCCCAAGCUGUAGGCACUCGCAUUGGUUCGUUUCUGCCUGUUCCCGCCUGUUCGUCCCCUUGACCAGACAAUGCUCCUGCUUCAGCACCUGUUCGUCAAACACGUUGGUUUUCCUUUCUCUGUUACCUAUAUUAAAGUAAUUCAUCAAAAGGAUAUUUUAAAAAAGCUAGUCUGUCUUGAAACUUGUUUACCUUGAAAUUAUCGGAAUCUCAGUGUUUGAAAGUAUUGAAGCACAAACAUGUACAACCUCUGUACCGUCUGUACUAAAGCACUGGAGUCUAAUAAAUCAGUCAGCGCCCAUUCACAGGGUCCAGGG